UUUGGCAACCGCCUGUUCGUCGACCGGGCUGAUGACAACAUAAAUAAAUAUAAAAAAACAACCACCAAAAAUUACAAAUUGCAUUUCUAAAAGCACACAUUUUCACUGUAAAACCUGCACUUUAAAGUAAUUUUAGGCUAAGAACGUUAAAAUGCCGCUUUACGAUACAAUGCUGCAAGAAAAACCGGCCAUCGUGCUGGAAAUCGGUACCGCACUGACCAAAUUGGGCUUUGGCGGUGAACCGUACCCGCGCAGCAUUAUUCCAUCGGAGGUGCUCGAUCAUGAGGCAAAAAAUGCCGGGCAAACGACCCCGAACCGGAAGCUGUUCGACUACACCAACGAGGUGGAGCUGUACGAUUGGUUGGUCGAGUUUUUAAGGACGGUUUUCUUCAAGUACGUGCUCGUCAGCCCAAAGGAUCGCAAAGUGGUGAUAGUUGAGUCGGUGCUCUGUCCGACCAUCAUCAAGGAAAAGUUGGCCCGCGCCCUGUUCUGCCACUUUGACGUAUCGUCCGUGUUCUUCGUACCGACGCACCUGGUCGUACUGGCAACGUUAGCGGUCGAAACGGCACUGGUCGUCGAUAUCGGAUACAAGGAAGCGGUCGUUGUGCCGGUGUUCUGUGGCGUGCAGGCACUGUACGCAGCGGAAGCCCAACCACUAGCAGCUGAAAGCGUGCACAACGAAAUCCGAAGACAGCUGCUGGAGAACGGCGUGGACGCGAAGCUACUAACCGAAUCGACCGUAGAGGACAUUAAGAUACGCACUUGCUUCGUAACGACCGCCGAAAGGGCGGCAAAAUAUCGGCAACCCGGAGAAGCAACGAUUCAACCCUGUCCCGAUGUAGAUUACCCAGCGAAAGGCGAUGCGAUAGUGAAGGUAUCUGGCCGAUUGCGUGAAACCGCCUACGAAGUAAUGUUCCCGGAGGAUAACGACCGGCUCGGCCUUCCGUACAUCAUCCUGAACGCUAUUCUCAAGUGUCCACGGGACACACGCGUCCCACUCGCAAACAAUCUCGUCCUGAUCGGUGGUUCCACGAUGGUGCAAGGUUUAACCGCACGGUUGAAAGCGGAACUGUUGGCCCUGCUGAAAUCGGACCUGUACAAAGAUCGACUGUUUGUUCAGACGUUUAAGUUUCACAAAGCACCGGCCGAAGCUAACUUUACCGCCUGGCUCGGUGGAUCGAUAUACGGCGCGACGGAUCUCGUGCUCACCAAAUCCAUCUCCCGGGAGGCGUACAUCAAGAAUCAAACCAUUCCCGACUUUACCAACUAUGAGGAAUCGCGUGCCGCACCGAUGCGUGGCUGACGGCAGAAGGGCAAGGGUGCGGGGGGGACGCGUGGCCAUGCGGCGAGUGGUAGUGGCGGUGUAGCCAUUAAGUGAGAAAUAUUUAUAUUUAAUCUAAUUACACUCCCUCCCGGCGGCGUACUGUGGCUUGAGAGGAUGAUGCACUAUACUAAUUGAAUAUAAUUUAUCGUAAUAAAACAAAAGUUACUUACACUCAUGUAAA